AUGACUGAUUGGGAUUUAAUAAUACUAACGGAAUGUUGGCUGCAUAAUAAUCGUAACUUACCAUCUCUUGAGGGAUACAACAGUGUUCUAACUGAGAAAAACUUCACACAGAACGAAGGAGUUGUGGUAUUUUUCAAAAAACAUUUGAAAUUAGUUGUAUCCGAGCCUGACCUUUGUGAUGCCAACUGUUUAAUGAUUAACCUUGAGGAUAAUAUAACAAUAAUUGCAGUAUACAGACCACCUGGUUACAAAGAUGUUCCACGGUUUUUGGUAUCUCUUGACAAACUUCUUUCUGAGACUAGUAGUACUCAUAAAGUUCUGAUAGGUGACAUCAAUAUUGAUAUAUUGGAUAACAAUAAGGAUGUUAAUUCUUCAUCGUAUUUGAAUAUGCUGGCUUCUCACAGUUUAUUGCCGGCCCACACAUUUCCAACUCAUGGCAAGACUUGUCUUGACCAUGUAAUAUUAAAAUGCUCAUAUCGCGCCUUUUGUUAUGUUGCUGAAACCUCAGUUACGGAUCACGACACUUUAAUCCUGAAACUUGAAUUUAGCACAAUGACUGACAAAUGCUUUUCACUGAAAAAGAUUGAUUACCCGUCUUUGGAUGAUGCUAUGAAGAACUUGAAUCUAAAUAUUCUAUAUGGAAUGACUGAUCCUAAUGAGGCAACAGCACUUCUUCUGACUGUGCUUGACACUGUAAUUAAAGCAAAUACAAAAACUAUCACCAUCCCAAAUCGUAAGAGGAUCAAGAGGCCUUGGAUGACUCCAGGUCUACUAAGAUGUGUAAAGCAUCGUGACAAACUACAUCAAAAAUCAAGAAAAAAUCCUAGUAAUGAAAUAUUAAUGAUAACUUACAAGAGGUACAGAAAUUUUUGCAAUUCACUUUUAAAAAAUAUUAAAAAUACUUAUGAGAGCAACCGCCUACUUAAAGCUGCUAAGACUAAUACAAAAGUUCUCUGGGACACUAUCAAACAACUAACCUACUCUAAUAAUACAACUAGUUCUGCACAUGAAUUGGUCUCUCCAGUGGACCCGUUACUCUCAGUCAAUAACAUUAAUAAAUUUUUCGUUUCUAUCGGGAAGGAUAUUGCCGAAAAAGCCUAUUCCAAUAGCUCUUAUAAAAAAGCACCAAUCAAUUCUACACUGUCCUCAUUCGUCUUGCUACCUACUGAUGAAUUUGAAGUUCAAUCUCUUAUCUUACAACUGAAGAAGAGCGGUGCUGCGGGCAGAGAUGGCAUUUCUGGAGCCUUUCUUAAGCGUUAUCAUGAAAUCUUAGUCCCCCCGCUUACACAUAUAUUUAAUCUGAUCUUUUCUACUGGGAUCUUUCCGGACUUAUUCAAGCUAGCUGAAGUAAUUCCAGUUUAUAAGGGUGGUAGCAGGGAUUAUGUUGGUAACUAUCGACCCAUUUCUAAAAUAUCUACGCUAUCCAAAAUUAUUGAGAAAUUGAUAAACAAACGCCUUAUCGAUUAUCUAGAAAGUAAUAAUCUACUCUCACGCUCACAGUUUGGAUUCAGACCGGGUUCAUCAACGAGCGACGCGGUUCAUCAAUUAACUGAUCAUAUUGUUAAAAAAAUAGAUAAGAAAAAUAAAAUAUUAGCUGUAUUUUUGGACAUUGCAAAGGCUUUUGACGCGGUCGCUGGUCCUAUUCUGCUGGAUAAAUUGGAAGCUCUGGGUGUUCGUGGUGUGCAGCUCAAACUAUUUGAAAGUUACUUGAGUGACAGAAAGCAAAGAGUAAAGGUGGACAACACUGUUAGUGACGACCUGCCGAUAAGCUAUGGUGUGCCACAGGGUAGUGUUUUGGGUCCAACACUGUUUCUGAUAUUUAUCAAUGAUCUUUGUGACCUCCAGUUACAAAAUGGUAAAAUUAUUACAUUUGCAGAUGAUACUGCGCUUGUGUUUCAUGGUGAUAAAUGGAAAGAUACUCUCGAUAUUGCGCAAAAAGGAUUCGACGUUGUUAACGCCUGGCUUAGAAUGAAUGCCCUAACUAUCAAUGUCAAUAAAACUAAAUGUAUACCAUUCUUCAUAAAAACUCCUGCCCCUAGUAUUAGCCUUGGCUUAACUGCUCAUGUAUGCUCUGACAAUGAAUCUUGUAGCUGUCAAAGGAUCUCUGUUGCCAACAGCACUAAGUAUCUAGGUGUAGUUGUUGAUAGUUCGCUAAAUUUUAAUUACCAUUUAGACCUGCUACAAUCGCGAACUCGGAAACUUAUCUUCACCUUUAAGAAUCUCCGUAAUAUUGCUGAAAAAUCGACCAUUAAAAUGGUGUAUCAGUCCCUCUGCCAAUCCGUUUUAAGCUAUUGUAUUACGGUCUGGGGAGGUGCUUGUAAAACUAAUCUUAUAAAACUGGAGAAGGCUCAGCGUGCGUUAUUGAAAGUUAGUUAUUCUAAGCCAUUUUUUUACCCUACCAAAGAUAUUUAUCUUUUAUCUGACGUACUCAGUGUUCGCCAACUAUAUAUACUAAACACAGUGCUCAAACAACAUUCUAUGACUCGCUAUGAUCCUUUUUUAAAUAACAACAAACGAUGCAAAUAUAAAGUCUGCACCUCAGAUACCCGUUGGUCCACCGCUUUCUCAAGGAGGUUUUUUGGUUUUAUGGGCUGUCAUCUAUAUAACAAGAUAAACAGGUUGAUCAACAUAUAUCCGCUUACUAAAUAUGAAUGUAAAAAAGCUAUAGUAAAAUGGCUUAAAGAUCUAGACUACAAUGAGACUGAGAAGUUGUUACUGGUCCUCAGCUAA